AUGACAAUUUUACACAAAUCUGCAGGUAUUUUUAUUGUCAGUGCAAAGCGUUGUGCAUUUGGCGCUUUUGGCAAAACAUUAAAAGAUUAUACGGCGACAGACUUGGCAGAAAUUGUAUCAAAAGCAGCAUUGAAAGCUUCUUCAAUUUCUCCAGAAAAUAUUGACCACGUUAUUUUUGGUAAUGUUAUACAAUCAUCCAAAGAUGCUGCUUAUCUUGCUCGACAUGUCGGUCUUCGUGUGGAAAUUCCAGUUCAUGUUCCUGCCGUGACAGUUAAUCGACUUUGCGGUUCUGGAUUUGAAGCGAUUGUGCAGGCCGCUCAGCAAAUUAUUUCUGGCGAUUCUAAAGUUGUUUUAGCUGGCGGGACAGAAUCUAUGAGUCAAGCUCCUUUUGCUGUUCGAAAUAUAAGAUUUGGAUCACAACUUGGAGUUAAUUAUGAGUUUGAAGACGUUCUUUGGCAAGGAUUGGUUGAUCAACAAAUAAAAAUGCCAAUGGGAAUUACUGCUGAAAAUUUGGGUGAAAAGUAUAAAAUUACACGUCAGGAGGCUGAUGAAUAUGCUGCCAAGUCACAACAGAGAUGGCGACUAGCAAAUAAUGCAGGCUAUUUCAAAUCAGAAAUUGAGCCAAUUAAAAUCAAAGGGAAAAAGGGAACUGAGACAUUAUUUGAAGUUGACGAACAUCCACGGGAGGUUUCUGCUGAACAACUUGCCAAGUUGCCACCUGUUUUUAAGAAAAAUGGACUUGUCAAUGCAGGAAAUGCUUCGGGUGUUUGUGAUGGUGCAUCUGCUGUUAUUGUGGCCGAUGAAGAAUCUGUCGAGAAACAUCAUUUAACUCCACUUGUUCGUAUUUUGGGUUGGCAAAGUGUUGGAUGUGAUCCAACAAUUAUGGGGAUUGGACCUGUCGAAGCAAUUCGUAUUCUUUGCAAAAAGUCUGGAGUUGAAUUGAAUAAAAUUGAUUUAAUUGAGGUAAACGAAGCAUUUGCUCCGCAAGUUUUAUCUGUUCAACGCGAAUUAGGAAUUGAUUUGGAUCGUCUAAAUGUUAAUGGUGGUGCAAUUGCUUUAGGACAUCCAUUGGCAGCAAGUGGUGCUCGUAUAACUGCUCAUUUAGCUUAUGAAUUGAAAAGAAGAAAUGUCCGUUAUGGAAUUGGUUCUGCAUGUAUUGGAGGUGGUCAGGGAAUUGCUUUGUUAUUUGAAAAUGUUCAAUAAUAAAGAAAGGAGAGUUAUUGGAAUACAUGUAUUUUUUAAAAAAUAUUUUAAUCAAAAUAUUUGACUUUUUAAAUAAUCCAAAUUUUGAAAAAUUGCUCCAAUAAAAUUUUUUAAAGUUUUUUCUGGUGUAAAAUAAUAAUAGCCCCCUCCUGAA